AUGUUGACUAAAGCGACAGCUCACAUCCGUCCAUUCAUCCGACCAUUGCAAUCCUCUGGUGCUGGUCCAGAUCACUUCACCGCCAAUCCUUCGCUCCUGCAUCAUCUCCCUUACGGCGGUUCUGGAAAUUCCUUAGUUGCUCAAGGUCCGAAUCCCACUCAGACUGCUGGAUCAAGUGGAAGUGCAGGCAGGCAUGGAUACGGUGGGAAUGCAGGAGCUGGAGGGGGUUAUACUGGCCAUGCCAGAGCAUUUCUUUCCCUGCCUCAGACAGCUUCAGUCGAUCCCUCAUCAACCCUAUCCAACUCAGACGAUAACCAGCUGCAAGAUCAAUCGUCAAACAAAUCAUCUUUACUGCUCAAACAUCGAUUGUCGAAGCGAACUCGAAUAGUUGGUCCGAGCGAUGGAGUUGGAAGGGAAGUAAGGCGGGAGAUCGAAGGUAGGGCUGGAGGAAGUAAAGUGACUGUCAUGGAGUUAGAAGGAUCCGAAGAACUUGAAAGAUCAGAAAGGCUGGGACUACCAUCAUCAAGUGGUAGCCGAAGACGAACUGGACUCACUCGAUCACCAUCAGCUGUAGAGAUUUGGCAAGUCGGUAUACCCCAGCCGAGGGGUCGAUUAGGCUUGAGAUCGCUGUCAACUCGGUCAGAUAUACCGAAAUCGCUAGAAGCUGAAGAUGCGCAGCCAUUAGUCUCAGCCAUACCCACGAAGGCAACGAGGGUGCUUGGUCAGCCGAACAGGGUGUUGAUGGAUCUAGCGGGACGUGAUUUACCAGGACGUAGGGUAGGAAUGGUCAGAAGGAAUUCAACCGCGGCGGUAGAAAGGGUAUCAUUGGAUCAACCUCCUGUGGAAUUACUAUUACAGCAACAGAAGAAGGAAGAUAGAUCGGCUGGCAAGUCCGAUAGCGGAUCAAGCGAAGUCGCUAUACACGAUGCCAUAUUGGCAGCUAGAAAUUCGGGAGAAGUAGCACUUCUGGAAAGGCUGGUCCAACAUUAUAGAUCGCCUCGUACUGUCUCGCCUUUCUCCCAAGAUCAACAAGCUGGUGAUCCCGCUUUAUCGCAAAAGUACCCACUGUCAGAAGGUUAUUCAAUCAGAACGUACAACGCAUGUCUCAAUGCCCUUGUCGGUACCCGGAAAUCAGGUCAAUCUAUCGCCGAAAUCCUAGAAAUCUACAACGAAAUAUUAGAACGUGAUCUGAUACCGAACAACGUCACUUACGGAUUUGUCAUCCGAGCAUUGGCUUUACGUGCUGUGGAGGUAUCAGAGGCUGUCAGACUAUGGGAAGAGCAAAAAUCAUGGGGGGAAUGGAGAGCUUUGCUGCUUGGACCUCAAACAUGGGAUUUCGAUGCUGCUGCUGAGAAAGAUCAACUUUUCAAAUCAUACGAAGCUGAAGGAAACCUACAAUCCGCUCAUAAACUCUUUAGAGCUGCUACUAGAGUGAAUUCGGCUGCUGGAUUCCCAUUAUCCGUUUAUGGUACUCUGCUGGACGCAAUCAGCAAAGAAUCGAAUCCGGAUAUCGAAGGGAUAUUGCAAAUUUUCAGCAUAGCUCACAGGUUUAGGGUACCCGGUACUAUCAGCUUGUACAAGCAGAUCUUCCGAGCCCUCGGUGCUGCGAAAGAUACCGAACAACUUGAAAGUGCUUGGCAAGAUUUCAGAAAGAGUUCAGAAAGCGGAAAUGCCCAACGAAGAUGGUUAGAUGCCAACCCACCAUCCAAGACGAUUGAUCCUGCAAUGAUCCCCCAAAGGGUCGACGGUAUACGACAUCAAGUGUGGCAAAGUGCUAUGAGCGCCUUCAUCGCUGUGGGGCAAUCUUCUAAGGCUCUCGCAAUCCUCGAAGAGAUGGUCCAAUCUGCUACUUCCGCUUCCACCGAAGAAAUCGAUUUCUCGAGGCCGCCCGCUGCCACCCAUCGAACAUUAGGUCAAUUCAUUGUUGACCUUGCUAAAGCCGGUGAAAUCGAUCUCGCCUUGCAAUGGUACGACAAAUUCCACUCAGCGGACUACCUCGAAAAGCUUCCACCACACAGGUUGACGUUGGAACAUAACUCUGGCCUUGUCGAUGCUCUCAUUAAAGCUGGUCGAAUAGAUGACGCUAAAAAUGCCCUGGAAAGACUUUCUUCGCAUCUUGGUGAAUUCAACACGGCUGCCAGUAAGACGACUGUCGGAAGGAGAUUAUGGAGAAUCUACUCUGUCUUGGUAGUACGAGCAACCGAGGCAUCAGGUCAGGAGAGAGAACAGAUAUUGGAUGAGAUUAAGACUUUCAGCAAAUCUGGUACUAUUCCUCUUGAUUUCUUGGUAGUCAACAAACAUCUCGGUCUACUUGCCAAAUCUGGAAGAUGGGAUGAUAUACCCUCGGUAUUGGAAGGUUGUGUGAUUCGAGAACCUCUCCGCAGAAAUUUACAGUCUUCUUUCAGCGAGACACUGGUGGCCAUGUCAAAAACCGAGAUUCCCCUUACCUCUCUUUUGGCUCUGGCGCAGCGAAUGAUCACUUUGGGUCUUCAAAUUCGCUCAGAAGUCGCCUCAGCUAUCGUCGCCAAAUUCAUUGCUGGAGAUACCAACGAGAAAUUGGACUUGCCAACUCAAGAUCUGUUUGUCCUCGUCGAAUCUUUUGCUGCACUACCCAAAGCUCAGGUCGAUGAAGGAGAUUACGAUGACGCCUUGGUAUCCCUUUUAUCGGUUCUCGAAGAUGCCAACAAAGCGGAUGAGUCUGUCUUACAAUGGAAGAACAAUGUCGCCGUCGGAUCUGUCAUCAAAUCUAUAAUUCAUCGAUUUGGGAUUGAGAGAUCUAAGCAUCUCUUGACUCCUAUAUUUGGUGAAUCUGAAAUUGAACAACUCAUCACGCCUGUCAUCGAAUCCCUUACAUAUUCAUCAUCUAGUAGCUCACCUGCCUUUAGUGACUUCACUCUGCCAACAUCUCCUUCCAGCGCUACCACUGCCUCCUCGCCAGGUCAACCGGAAUACAAAUUGAGGAUUGAUAAAUCACUUUCCACUUCAAUUGAGAAGAUCACGCACCGGAACCCACCUAUCACCCCAUUGGAUGCCUACGAUCUAGUCAAACAAGGAUUAACUCGAAAUGCCGUGCCGUUCCCUAAUACAAUAUGUCAAUUGAUCGAUCACUUAUCGAGAUCGGGCGAUGAACCUAAAGUCAGGGAAUUGUACUCUUUAUGUCAAGUUAUAUUAAACUCGGUAAUUAGACCAGAGCAUCAAGCUAGUAAUUGGCAUCAAGUUGAAGAUGCCAUGUUAAUUGCUUGUUGUCAUUUGGGACACCUCGAACAAGCUGGUAUGCACCGUGCAAGAAUCGUAGAAGCCGGUAUGGCCCCCUCGGCGGAUGCUUACGCAACUAUGAUUGCCUCUUCGAAAGAUACCACCGACGAUGCGUUGGUAGCUAGAGAACUGUUUGACGAAUCGCAGAUGAUGGGCGUAAAACCCCAUUUGUACCUUUAUAACACCAUCAUAUCGAAGUUGUCGAAAGCGAGAAAGGCGGAGACUGCUUUGGAGCUGUUUGGUCAUAUGAAAGCUCAGGGGAUUAGACCUAGUAGUGUCACGUACGGAGCUGUUAUCAACGCCUGCUGCAGAGUUGGCGAUGCUCAAUCUGCCGAAACUCUCUUCGAGGAAAUGGCUAGUCAACCGAACUUCAAGGCUAGAGUACCUCCAUUCAACACUAUGAUGCAAUUCUAUCUCCAAACACAACCCAAUCGAUCACGAGUCCUCCACUAUUACACCCUUCUACAACGAGCUCAAGUUCCUCCUUCCGCCCACACUUACAAACUCCUCUUAGAUACCUACGCUACACUAGCGCCUAUCGAUCUGGAGGCUAUGGAAAAUGUCUUUGCGCAGAUCCAGCAAGACAGGAAUGUGAAAGUCCAAGGUACUCAUUGGGCAAGUCUCAUCACCGCUUAUGGUAUUCACGGAGGUAAUUUAGAAAAGUCAAAGGAGAUAUUCGAGAGCAUUUCAUCAAAUGGUAUAAGGGAAGCAGUCGUAUGGGAAGCUAUGCUCAACGUUCUUUCCCAAAAAGGGUCAGUCGAAGAUCUCGAAUCAACAAGGGAGAAAAUGGUCAAGUCCGGUGUUCAACCUACUGCAUACGUUUACAACGCUUUAAUCAAUGGAUAUUCGCGAUCGGGUGAUAUACAAAGAGCAAGAGAAGUUUUCGAUUCGAUGGGAGAUUCAAUCUCCGGAGUUGCUGCGCCAAACAACCAUCCUACGCUCCUUACUUCUUCUGGACAUGUCAAACCCAAUACUCAGACUGAAAUACCGACUGGUGUCGUAUAUAGAGAACCAUCGACAUAUGAAAGUAUGAUUAGAGCUGAAAUAGCACAUGGGGAUAGGGAAAGAGCCAAGCUAGUCUUGGAUAAAAUGGAAGAAAGAGGGUAUCCUCUAGCGGUGUUUUUGAGGGGAAAGAACGCUUAUGAAGAAGAAUUAAAUAAUCUGGUUUAG